GCCAACCGCCAGUAAAUCCAACAAGAAGACGAAGAAGAACAUCAAAGGAGGAAGUAUGAUUCGGUGGAGCUUGUUGUGAAGGUUGGAACAGUCAAAGUAAGCUAACAGAGUUAAGAUAAUGAGACCGUAGGGUUUUACCAGCCUCACCCGCCACAGGUUCAGUUAUGGCCGGUUUCUCCAGCUACGCGGUGCGCAUGGCAAGACUGAGCUCCAGAAUCUUUGGAGAGGUUGUCCGCCCCACAGACUCUAAAUCAAUGAAGGUGAUCCAGCUGUUCCAAGAACCUCCACUGGCCAAGAGGAAGGAGGUGUAUGAAUGGUAUCCUCAUCACAAGGUUUACUACGCCAUGACCCAGAAGCUCCGGUUCAUGGGACUGUUCAGAGAUGAGCAUGAGGACUUCAAAGAGGAGAUGCGCCGCCUGAGGAAACUUCGAGGAAAAGGAACCCCUAAGAAAGGAGAAGGAAAGAGGGCGAGCAAAAAAAAAUAAAGUGAAAUAAAGUAAAAUCUUUUUUACUCCUGCAGGAAGGAGACUUUUGUUCUUCAUGUAACGUUGAUCAACAUUGAUCAUUUUUUCAAAAUAAACAUUUUUAAUUGCUCACUCAUUUUAUUACAGACUUUGUUCUGUUAAACAGCUUCUAUGAUAAAUCCAAUGACAUAUUACAUGAAAAUUGCAAAGCCAUGUUUUAUGCAGACUGUUUUGACGAGAUGUAAAGAUUUCCACUUUUUGGGGGAAAAAAAUAUGCUUUUCUUCCAUGUGAAUUAAAUCAGAAUUAUUGUGCAAAUAAUUAAGCCUUUUUACUUUUUUUAUUAUGGCUUGUAACAAAACCCCAUAAUUCAGUGUUUCAGAAAAUUAUUUAAUAAAAUUACUAAAAAAAGA